CCGAAAAAAAUAUCAUAUGCAUAAUUACAUGCAAUUGUCAUCAUACGGGAGAAGAUUAUGAACUUGUGGAAAUAUGCAGAUGAACACACCGGGAACAACAACAUACUAAUCAUAAUGACAAAGAAAUGGACUGGAUAGAGAAAUUGCCAUGGGUAAUGCCGUUGACAUUUUGUAUCGAAAGAAAAUUGAAGAGCGCAAAAAACAGACGGAGAAGGAACGACAAAUUUUCCAAGCUUGUAUAGCCUGGAAUAUCAAGCAAGAGGAACUACACAAAAGAGAAACUGCUGACAAAAAAGAAAAUGCAUGGAAAGAACAAGAGAGGGAGAGAAUGAAAAAAGAUGAAGAACUGAUGGAGAUGUAUGUUAAAAAUAUCGAAAAAGAGAAAAUAGCAAACACGAAAAAAUUAAAGUUAAGAGAAAGAAAAAUUGAGGAAAGAAAAAAACUUAGUUCUUCUUUGUCUAGUAGAAGCACUAGGCAGAUGGACGAAAACAUUAAAAAGGAAUAAAAAAUAAUUGCCAAAAACAUAGAGAAUAUCGAAAAAAGAUCGGAAAAGUCAAGAGGGGAGACGAGAAAGCGAAUUAAUACAAUAGCAAAGAAACACGAGGAAGACCGGAAGCUGUUUAUGCGCAGAUUUACAACUGCUGAACAGGAAAGAAAUAAAGAUAUUGUAAAGGCCGAACGCAGAAUAUCCUACAUUGAGAAGAAGAUUGUCCAAGAGCGAAUGAUUUGGCAACAAAAACUGAUGGCUGCAAGACGAAUUGAAAGUAGAAAGAAAGUAUCUAGUAGAAAACUUUGGGAAAUUGGACGAAAGACAGUUGAGAAGAAAAAACAGUCAGUUCAAAAAGUAAAACAAGGGGAAGGCAAUAAAGUUUAUAAAUCUCAACGAAAGUUUGGGAUAGAAUGGGAAAACAAGACAUAUCCAAGUGGAAAAGAUAAACUGUUUAAAAACAUGGGAAACAAGGCAAUACAUAAUCCCACUGUCAAGCCGACAUUGUCAACUGUAAAAGAAGAAGAUCAUAUUUUACUUGAAGUAGGCAAAAAGAACAUUACACAUAGACAAGGCAUAAAAAACCACCGUAUCACUAAACCCGUAGUAAAACCAAAACGAUUUUCUUCACAGACAAAUAUAGUGCGACGUACCGACUCAGAACGGUUUCAACGUUUUUAUGUUCCUCAAAAGAAUAGUUAUGCAGUAAAACAAACAAUUUCAAAUAUCUUAAGAAAAACAGAUAUGGAUGUCAGUACAAAUUCUCCUCUGAACAAAGCCGAUAGCGUUACAAACGGUGCGGAGUUUGGUAAAACACAAGAAGAUAAAGAAAAACCAAGACAGAAAAGUGGUAAUGAUAAAAACAAUCUCCGUAAAGAUAACAAAAUAAACAAUCCUUCCGAUCAAAAUACAUCCAUUAAAAAAACAAAGAAUCUCGUGGGAGAAUUUGAACAUAAAUCACAAUCAACAAAACCAGAAGAUAUUGCAGAAAAGUCAACGAAAUUAGAUGAAAACAUAAUUCAUAAAUACAAUCAUGCCGUCCGUACAGACAAUGUACAUCGAAUCCAAACAUCAAAACUUGGACAAAUCAAACCAAAUAUAGCUCAAACACAUUCUGGUAAUUUCAGCUCAUUAAAACGUUUACAAGAGAGGAAACACAUUAUCACAAUAUCUGAUCCGCUGAUUCCAAAACGUUUUGACCUCAGACAACCGGAAGUUGAGGAAAUUAUGGGCAUUAAGCCUCUCUCAAUCUCGAAAGAUGAUAUAACAAAUAAAACUGUUCAUUUUGAAAACAAGUCUUCAGAAAACAAUAAAACAAGAACGAAAGGAAUAGAACCGAAGAGUGAUAAAAAUAACGAGAAGUCUGAAAAUGCAAAAAUGAACAAUCAAUAUUCAAAAAUGAAGGAAGGGCAAAUUUCAAAGAGUAACGAUCAGAAAGAACGUUACGAGUUUCUAUUUUCUACAAUUAAAAAACCGAAAAGGACGGGAGACGACGAAAGCGAGAGUAAAAACAAGGAGAAUACAGACAAAAAGUCAACAAAUGAUUCUGUACCGGACCUACCAACAACUAAAAAUGUACUUCUGGUAGAUAAAACUCAAGUCAAACCACUUGAGAUGGGGACGGGGGCAGUCAGUACAAAAGUGUCACUAAAAACUAAAAUUAAAGAACUAGAAAAGGACACUAAAACAAAACUACGCUUUGGAAAAACACAAAAAAUCGAAGGAGGUUCUCGAGACCUGAACACUGAAGACAGACGGAAUACCAAAACCAUUGAACAAAUGCAGAGAAAUACGUUGCAAAAUUAUGAAACCAAGAAUUCUGAGCAUACCACACAAGAAGACAGUCGCGAAAGAAGACAAAAACUAACUGUUUCAAUAAAACCAAGGACUAAUUUAUAUGUAAAUAGAUAUCCCAGCAUGUUUUUAGUUGACCAAAGAAUAUCAGAGGUACAACGAAGGAUAGAUAAAAUGAUGAAGACAAGCAGCACAGACAUAUCAGUAGCAUGAUCUUCUCAAUUUUUUUCAUCAUCGUUAUAUUUGUUUUAUCUGCGUAACCACAUUUGCUCACGUUUAUCUAGAAGAUUGGCGGUAUUAGAUGGUAAUAAUAUGUAAACUUAUAGUUUUAAAUUAAUUUUUAUUCUAACUAAGUUGUCAAGGGAAUAAAGUAUUUAACCUUUA